AUGACAUCCAUUCCGAGGUUAACAGAGCCUGUUAAAGUAUAUAUACUCGGAGCUGGAGCUUUGGGUUCACUUUUGGCCCACGAUUUAAAACUGCACUCCCAGCGAGCCAUUUCACCUACGCUUUUACUUCGGCCAAAUAAAUCAUCAAUAAAAGAUCAGUUUAUAAGAGUGAAGCGUCUCAAUGAUGUACACAGAGCAAAAGAGUCCCUUGUUGAAAUUCCCGCUGAGAGGGCCAAGGACCUUCAAGGGAAAAAGAUUGAAAAUUUAAUUAUUACCACAAAGUGUUUUCAAACAGAAGCAGCAUUGCAACCAUACAUUGAAAAUUUGUCUUCCCAGUCCAAUAUAUUAAUUUUACAAAAUGGUAUGGGAAUGCCCCAAUUUCUAAUUAAUCGGUUUUGGGCAAACGGGUCGAAUUGUCCACGAUUUUUUGAAGCGAUUACUACUCACGGGGUGUAUGUUGAUGAAAACGGAAUAGUCAAUCAUGCAUCAAACGGGACUUUACAAAUCAGUGAUGAAAAUGGCACGCCACAAAAUAAGCUACCUGAAAUGAUCCAAGCGAUUUUGGAAACAUCCAGUUUGAAUGCAAAGUUUUUGGAACACAAUGAUUUUCUUUUACUUCAAAUGCAAAAAUUGGUUAUUAACUGUUGCAUUAAUCCAUUAACUGCUGUAUUUGACGUCAAUAAUGGGCAUUUGAUCUAUGGAGACGAAACUGUUAAACUUUGGAGAUCAAUUAUAACUGAAUGUACAGAAAUGUUCUUUUUGGAAUUUCCCAUCUUACAAAAGAUCCCACAAUCAAAGGCAUUCUUGAGUGACGAUAGACUUUUGGAAAUGGUUACCUCUGUCUGUCAAUUAACAGCGUCCAACAGCUCUUCGAUGCGGCAAGAUGUGAGAAAUUUGAGAAACACCGAAAUUGACAACAUGAAUGGAUAUAUUUCCUAUUUAGGAAGAAAGCACAAGAAGCCUACGUUUACAAAUUCAAUGAUUACUAGUUUAGUGAAGACAAAAUUAAGCAUAGAUAGAGGUAUCGACAAAUCUGCUGCUGAUGCCAUUUUAAGUUUGUAA